AGCUCAGGCUGAGAAACUUGUUCAGUGGCUCUUAGCAGUAGCUGACUCAUUAAGGUCACCAAACUUCAGUUCCUGCCUGUCAAUAAACAUCAUGGAAGAUCCACAGAAUGAAUAUCAGCGGAUGACACGACGCCACCACCGCGAAAAGAAAGAACUACAGAUGCGUAUUCAGAGCAUGAAAAACUCAGUCCCCAAGAGCGACAAGAAAAAAAGAAAGCAGUUGCUUCUAGACGUGGCCCGCCUUGAGGCUGAGAUGGAGCAGAAGCACCAGCAGGAACUGGAGAAGUUUCAAGACAGCUACCCUGACUACGGCGACAUUGGUUCUAUCACUGACGAUCUGGCCAAAAUGGAUCUCGAGAACCAGCCUCCUCGAGUCUGCAGGGCACAGAAAAGGCGAGAAAGACGGGCAGCCCUCCAUAGAGAGCGCCUGGAGAGGAUCGCAGAGGUCGAGAUGGAGCACGUGGAGAGGCUGAGUUGUGAGGAGGAGAAGAAGCUGGCGGUCAUCUUGCGAGCCAAGAACCUGAAAAUGAAGGCUAUCCCAGCCGACGGCCACUGUAUGUACCACGCUAUUCAAGACCAGCUGGUGUUCUCCACGACCGUGGAGAACCUACGAUGUCGCACCGCGGAGUACAUGCAGAAACAUAUCGACGACUUCUUGCCCUUCUUCAGUGACCCUGACACCGGUACCGCCUACACCCGCGACGACUUCAUAAACUAUUGUGAAGAAAUUGUGCAUAGUGCGUCGUGGGGAGGCCAGCUGGAGUUGAGGGCCCUGUCACACAUCCUGCAGACCCCCAUCGAGGUGAUACAGGCCGAUUCACCCGUCGUCGUUAUAGGGGAGGAGUACAGCAAGAAGCCGAUCACCCUCGUCUACCUACACUACGCCUGCAACCUAGGGGAGCACUACAACUCAGUGAUGCCGCUGAAGGUCUGCGCUGCGGGGGGGAGCGGGUGGCCCAGUCGGCUGCCCAGUUGGCGGUGCAGAGGGUGGCGCGGUCAGCGGAGCAGUUGGUGGCGUGGCCAGGUGUCUCUACUAGUCCUCGUCUCACCUCAGAGCGCUGUGGUAGUGGUGGCAGUGGCUGUCGCCAUCGCUGCAACUGCUGCAAUUGCAUUUGGAAAGAAGCAGCUACUAUGUCUCCUCAGUAGGCCCUAUUUGAUUUUCUGUGUUUCUGCUUUUACUCAAAUUUCCAUCCCACCCCCUUCCCCACCCUUGCCCUGGCUUUCUUACUGCCAUCCUUCUCUCCUCUUCUUCCUUUGUUGCUUCUUUCAAGGGGUGGGGGACGGAAAAGUGAUUAGGAGGAAAAUACCUGCUUUGUAUAACCCAAGGGGCAUAACUUUAAUAAACUCCGGCACCUUAGCACCUCGGCUCCUUCUUGCCUGUGAGGGUCUUUGCCUCCCACUCACAUACUAAGAAUUGCUCAUGUUUCAAAUAACUUUGGGAUAAACACUGACUUGGUUUGACACAUUCUGAAC